UACAGGCCAAUCCUUGUCAGCUCAAUGCAUAUGUUGGGGGAAGGCACUGGGGUAGAGAUUGGGGAUUAUCUUCCAGACUGGGGAGUAGCGAGGUCUCCGGGUCCAAGGUACAAAUAAGCAUAAGAUGGCUACGAAUGUUAGUCUGGACCCCAAUAACCCUGAUGACAAGUGCAGUCGCUAUGAGGUUUUGUCCUGGAUGAACGAAACAUUACAAACUAAUUUUACUCAAGUGGAGCAAUGUCGUUCAGGUGCGUGUUUUUGCCAGCUUAUGGACUUGCUCUUCCCAGGGUCCAUUGACAUGAGCAAAGUAAAGUUUGAGUCCCAAAAAAGGUCUGAUUUUGUACAGAACUACAGUCUUCUGCAGACAGCUUUCCGAAAAUCAGGCGUGAAAGAGCGAAUCCCUGUGAAGCAGCUUCUCACAGGAAAGUUUAGACCCAAUUUCACUUUCCUGAAAUGGUUCAAAAAGUUUUUCCUUGCCAAUGAGAAGCAAGGGAGAGAAUACAACCCAGUUGAAGCUCGUAGUGGUCAGGAUAUUGUGCAGGUAGAUGACCCUGUUAGGUCUCCAAAAUCCUGGAAAACACCACGUGAAUCUGGCAGAGUCAGAGAUGAGUCUGACAAAGAUAUGGAAUUGAAUGGGAAGAACCAACCUGUGACUUACAAUCCUAAAUGGCAAAAAACCUUCAAAUGGAUCAGAGCCAGCGAUAUGGGAGACAACUGUGCUUACUGCACUUUGUGUGACCACAAUAUAGCUUUACAAGCAGGUUUUUUUGAUGUGAAGCGACACCAGCAGACUCAGAAGCAUAUGAGGCAUGAGAAGGCAGGGUUAAAUUCACUUUCCUGUAGUGACACCAUGCUUCUUUUUAUUCAAAACCAUUGCCUCUCCAGUUUACCCUCAAGGAUCAACAAGGUCUCCCAGCGUACUGCAAGCUACAUCCUCGGCCUAAAUUAUCCAAAUGAUAUUAUUUCAGCUUGUAAGAUGAAUCCGUACUGUAUCUACAUAUACGGGCAGGUGCCUCUCGAUGCAGAAAGCAGAGAAAGGACCUUCUGCCACGUGGUGCUAGUGGGCUUUUUUGAAGAAAAGCAAGCAAGGUAUUGCAUCCGCCUCCUUGACGUCUUUCAGGCUGAAGAUGGUAGCUCUGUAUCUAAAGGUUUACUCAGUGUCCUCCAAAAGUUCGAGCUUCCUGCUGGCAACAUGGUAGCGUUCUACGUUAAUGACCAGGAACGGACCUCAGGAAGUGUUGUAUCGCAGAUUCAGGAGCUCAACCCACAGGUGAUUGAUCUUGGUGGACUUUACAGCGUACCUGACACUGCCUGCAGUGCUGGCCUACAGGCUCACUCCACUCAGGUUCAGGAACUUAUUGCCAACAUCUAUGAACACUUCUCAACUUGUUCCACCAGCAACGAGAACCUCAAGACGCUGUUUGCAGGCGUUGAUGGACUAAAAGACACCAGCGCUCCCCUCUCACACGGUUGUGAGGAGUUUUGUGUGCUUGUUCAGAGGAUGCUUGGAAUGUGGAGUGAUUUGGUAUCAUACUUCACUUCCUGCAAUGAAAGUAAUGAUAAAGCCAAGCUAAUUUGUUCACAGUUGGAGAAUCCUAAAAUUAGGAUCACCCUGAUGUUUCUGGAUCAUUCUCUUGGACCACUCCGUGCCUUCGAGCAACACCUGCAACAAAGCAAAGGCUCUGUUCGUGCUGAUCUUGUUCAGAUCCUUCGAGAAGCAAGUGGACUUCUGCGUUCGUAUGCCUCCAGCUUUCUUCGCCCUCAAGCGGUUAUACGCUACCUGAAAGAACGAGACCCAGCCAUCCUGGAGAACUCAACUUUCUGCCUUCCUGCUACUGAGCUCAGUCUAGGUGGUGUGGUAGAAGACUUCAUCUCAGCCAGAGAAGAGGAACUAGCAGAUUCCCUGAACGCGUUUCAUGAUGAGUGUUUAGCUUUCUACAAAACUCUUACGACCUCCAUCGCUGACAAUCUACCUCUAAGCGAGAGUGUCCUGAGGGCCGUUUCACAGCUUCUCAGCCCGGCAGGAAGAUUGAAGGUCACAGGAAAGAGUAUUACUGAACUUGCUAUACAAUUUGGCAUCUGCUCCAAACCUGAGGAUUCUGCUAAGCUCACAGAUGAGUUCCUGGAGUACCAGCUUGUAGAGGAUGAAGAAGACACAUCUUCAACUCUAUCUCUGGAGCGAUACUGGUGUAAUGUGCUCAAAACUUUUCCACCAGAAUCCAUCUUCAAGAGACUUGUCCUCUGUUUUUUCGUGUUGCCCUGUCCAUCUCUUGAAGCAGAAAAGAUCUUUGCACAGGCUGUUGAAAAUGGAGAUGCUGCUCAUUGGGAUGAUAGUUCAAGUGAAAGUGACACAGAUAUGACAAAAGAGCUGGAUUCCAAUGAUGACUCUUCUUUAGAGCAAACUGAAGUUAAGAGUUCACCUAUCAGAAAUGGGAGAAUGAAAAAGACCAGAGGCAGCACAUCAGAGAUGGUUCAACACUCAGACACAGUGAAGCCGUGUGUGGUGCGACUGCAGAAGAUCACCAGUCAGAGAGAAAUGGACUUAAGAAAAGGUGGAGCCGAUGAUGAUAUCAGUAGCACGUUAAAUGAGGUUAAGAACAAUGCUCGUUCAUCUGGAUUGAAUUCGACACUGAGCCCCAGAUCUGGAAAGAGAGAACAAGCGUACAAUGAUGGAAAAGGUUAUGCCAUUGGAGAACUUGUGUGGGGAAAAGUAAAAGGCUUCUCCUGGUGGCCUGGACUGGUGGUGGCGUGGAAGGGCAGAACACUUCCUGUGUCAAUGAGACGUGUGGAGUGGUUUGGAGAUGGCAUGUUUUCAGAGAUGUAUACAGAGGGACUGCAGCCCUUCGCUGCGUUUACAAAGUGCUUUUGUAGUAAAUCCUAUGAAGGUCUGCCUACCUACAAGAAUGCAAUCUACCAAAUCCUAGAGUUGGCAGCGGAGCGCUGUGGGAAGUCAUUCCCCCCUUCUGAGAAGAAAGGGGAAGACGUGAAAGCCAUGCUGGAUUGGGCAUUUGGAGGCUUCCAGCCCAUGGGUCCUGAUGGCUUUUUGCCUCCUGUGGACAGCUCUGCCAGUAAUAAAACCGAGUCGGAUUCCUCUGUGUCUGAUUAUCAGCCUCCAGCCAAGAGAAAGUAUGUCUUCAAAAACAGACAGUCAGGACAGUCAGGACAAUCAGGGCAGUCAGCUCAGGAUUACACCAGAGAUCAAAUGGUCUAUGAGGUAACAACUAAAGGCAGACGUAUUGAAGAUUUCUGCCUGUCCUGUGGAACUGCCAACGUUGAAAUAUUCCAUCCUCUUUUUGAGGGAAGCCUUUGUUUUAAAUGCAAGGAGAACUUUACAGAGACUCUGUACAGAUAUGAUGAUGAUGGCUAUCAGUCAUACUGCACUGUCUGCUGUGCUGGACUUGAGGUCAUUCUCUGUGGAAACGCCAGCUGCUGCAGGUGUUUCUGUAAAGACUGUUUGAAUGUGUUGGUGGGACCAGGGACAUUCGAUAAACUGAAGGAGGUUGACCCAUGGAGCUGUUACAUCUGCCUGCCCUCUAAGUGCUACGGCGUGCUCAAGCUCAGGCCUGACUGGAGUGUUCGUGUCCAGGAGUUUUUCGCCAAUAACAGUGCCUUUGAAUUUGAGCCACACCGAGUGUAUCCUUCUAUUCCAGCUCAUCAGCGUCGUCCAAUCAGAGUUCUCUCCCUGUUUGAUGGGAUUGCAACAGGUUACCUGGUUUUAAAAGAGUUAGGCUUUAAAGUGGAGCGCUACAUUGCUUCUGAGAUCUGUGAAGACUCCAUUGCUGUUGGGAUGAUCAAACAUGAGGGCCAGAUUGAGUAUGUGAAAGAUGUGCGAACCAUCACAAGGAAACAUCUGGCUGAGUGGGGGCCAUUUGACCUCCUGAUCGGUGGAAGUCCCUGUAAUGACCUGUCCAUGGUGAAUCCAGCCAGAAAAGGUCUUUUUGAAGGCACAGGUCGGCUGUUCUUUGAAUAUUAUCGCAUGUUAACCAUGAUGAGGCCAAGAGAGGAUGACGAUCGCCCUUUUUUCUGGCUCUUUGAGAAUGUAGUAGCCAUGAGUGCCCAUGACAAGGCUGAUAUCUGUCGUUUCCUGGAGUGUAAUCCUGUGAUGAUUGAUGCUGUGAAAGUAAGCCCAGCCCACAGGGCCCGCUACUUCUGGGGAAAUUUACCUGGAAUGAACCGACCACUUGCUACUUCACUCACUGAUAAAGCAGAUCUGCAGGACUGCCUGGAGGUUGGACGAACUGCAAUGUUCAGCAAGGUUCGCACUAUCACCACCAAGUCCAACUCCAUCAAACAGGGGAAGAUGGGGCCUCUGCCAGUCACCAUGAAUGGAAAAGAAGACUAUCUUUGGUGCACUGAAAUGGAGAGAAUAUUUGGGUUCCCAAAGCAUUACACAGAUGUGAAUAAUAUGGGACGGGGACAGCGGCAGAAGGUGCUUGGGCGGUCCUGGAGCGUUCCUGUGAUCCGCCACCUCUUUGCCCCUCUGAAGGAUUACUUUGCUUGCGAGUAAAAACACUGUCUGGUCCAGGCAGCACUGGCACUGGAGGUCCAAAUCAAGUCUCUCAGAUAAAUGAAUUUGUUUUUAGUAUGUUUUAUUUUCCUGCAGAUUCCGACCUCACAGAAUAUAGUCCAAUUUUAAUGUUGCAUUUGUUUUAACGUUCAAAAAGCAUGUUAUUCUGAUGAUUUAUCCUUGGAAUGCACAGACACUUUUAGAUUGGAUUUUAAACAGCUUAAGUACUGUUGUUUUUACCUUGUGUGCUUUUAAAGUGAUUUUAAUGCUGGAGAGAGCCACACGAUACUCCACCCACUACCUCAAUGCUAUUCUGUGAUUGGUUCAUCAUCUGGAGGGAUGCCGCUUUAUGCCUAUUUAUAAUUUAAUAAAUAAGUUAAUAUUAGUUUGGUUUAGUUACUGGUUUUAACCUCAUGUUGGCUUUUUAUAUCACAAUUUUGCAUUAUUUUUUUUUCCUUGUUUAGGAACUGCAUCUCAAUUUUUUUAAAUGGUUAUUUUUAAGGUUGCCAUUCCACGGUGCUGUUUUAUAAUACAGGAUGUUUGGCCAUCAUGACAACUGUACUGUCAACAUUUAAGGAGCAUGUGUUUAACUAAAAUGAAUGUCAAUAAACACCAUAGAUGACUUAAGUUUUAAUUAAACUACAUUUUGUUUAUAGGAAUACAUGCAAUCUUUUAGUACUCCAUGUAUUUAGAAGCACAAAUAUUAUCUGUGUUAUGGUAAUCUAGAUCAUUUUAAGCAAUUUGCAGAACAACACUGCAGUUUUAUGACUUUUUAAGAUUUUUUUUUUUUUUGUUUUUGUUUUUGUUUUUUUUUUGUCGUCUUGGUGCUAUCAUCAUUUUUACGACAGGUCAUUCACUCGUAGAACUAAGAUUUUGUUUUCCAUUUUGCCCCAUUUGUUACCUGUACGCACUUCCGAUUUGAAACUGUUGGCUGAAACUGUGGUCACUACAGCGUUGAUUUGUGUUGUUUUUGCUGAGGAUUUAGCAUCUAAGUGAGCAUUAACUUUAAAGCCUUUUUGUUGAACAUGAUGCAAUGUGAUCAAGGGCUGAAACUCUAAAUAAGUGCCUACAAAUUGAUAGGCUAUUUUUUUUAUGUAGAAAACAUUGUUGAACUGAUUGUAACUGGCAUGACUUCAGAUGACUUUAAAGGGAAUGAUUUUGGGUACUCCAUUUGUCUAGUGCAAGUAUCUAAAUUAUAUCGUACCUUUGAAAUGUCUCAGAAUACAUUUCGGUAUUAAUUGUGGUCCACUGUCAGUGUGAAAUUAGGUGCUUCAAAAUGUGUGUAUAAAUACUGUGUUUUCAUUGUAGUUGUUUAGCAUGUGUGUUUUAAGCAUUAUGUCGAUCAUGGUGAUUUGUGGUUCUGACAUUCACAGGUUAAGGUGACCCUACAUCCUCUUUUUUUUUUUUUUUUUUUUUUUCCCCUUCCCCCAGACAUAUUCUGGCUGGGAUUUCUAAUUUGCCUAAAUUGUCUAGGUUUUUAAAAAAGAAGACAUAUGGUCACCCUAGUCAAAGCUGAUCUUUAGCUUUUGGUAGUUUCUAACAUGAUACCAACUGACUCAAACUAAGCUUGAUUAAACUAAUUUUAGUGAGGCAUGAACCAGCUUGAGAUGUGUUCUUUGAUGAAAGAUCAGUUUACUGGAUUACAUGUCUUCAUGCCUUUUGGAUGUCUGUGUCUUGUAGAAAUAUAGACAUUCCCAGUAAGAAGUGUGUUGGUGCUGUUACAUGUAAUUGUUGUGAAACGAUGGUCCAUGUGUAAGUUGGAGAAAUAACUCCCUCAGGUCUUCUCAACACCAGCAGGCCUCAUAGGACCGUGAUCUUUAAUGUCACACUUGAUUAUUUUUAUUCAAUUCUUUUGAGCAGAAUAUUCUAUAUAUUUGUAUCCUUGAAAUUGCCCUUAAUACCUCUUCUUUUUUUUCCGUGUUGAAUAGGUCAUUUAAAACCCAGAUGUCAUUUGGUGCUAAAUGAAAUACUAAUGAUGUAUGUAGAUCUAGAUGUUUUCUUGAACUGAUGAUUGACAAGACCGGUUUUGUCGUAAUAUCUUUUGAUAUUUGAUAUAGUCUGCUUGCCUAGCUUUAAUAUACCAUGCUUGUACUAACAUCAGUGAUGAAAAAUAAAUUGCACCAACCUUU